ACGGAUACUGUUAUCUAACCUCAGAGUUCAAAAUGACAAAUGUCAAAAAGAAAAUUUUAUAAUCCCAAUAAAACCUGAAGAUUUAACGGAGGUGUAACUAAUAGAUCUGUUCUAAUACUCACUAACUGAUAAGAAAUAAGGAUCUGUUUAAAUUCACGCGAAGAUGAAGUCUAAAACGCUCAAAUAUCAGAAAAAACUUCUCAUACAAGUAAUUUUAGCUGUAACUUUUAUGUUUUUCUUUAACGAAUUUUUAAUUUAUUACGUUACUCAAAUUCAGUGUUCAUGGCCUGAAUUAGAUAAAAACACUGAAGAGGUUAAAAUUAAACCAACGAAGGAAGAACCUGUUAAAGCUAUAAUAAUUGCUGAUACUCAUUUGCUUGGUUCAAGAAAUGGACAUUGGUUUGAUAAAUUACGACGAGAAUGGCAAAUGUAUCGGGCGUUUCAAACUGCGAUGAUUUUACAUAAACCCGAUUUAGUUUUCGUCUUAGGGGAUUUAAUGGAUGAAGGAUUAUGGUGUGGAAACGAAGAAUUUAAAAGAUAUGUAGAAAGAUUUUAUAGUUUAUUUAAUAUCCCAGAUGAUGUUCAAAUGUAUCUUGCUGUGGGUAAUCACGACAUUGGGUUUCAUUAUGGAAUAAGCCCAUAUUUAAAUAAUCGAUUUGUAACUGGUUUUAAUUCCCCAUCAGUUCAAUUAGUGAGUUUAAAAGGAAAUCAUUUUGUGUUGAUUAACAGUAUGGCUUUAGAAGGAGAUGGAUGUUUUUUGUGUAAACCUGCGGAAAUGCAAAUAAAAAAAAUUCAAAAUUUAUUUGAAUGCACAAAGCGUCCAAAUACAACAUCAUGCAAAGAUGCAUCUAAAUUAAUAACUUUUAGUCGCCCUAUAUUAAUGCAACAUUUUCCAUUGUAUAGAAAAUCGGAUAUUGAAUGCACUGAUGAUGAUGCUGCCCCAGAGGAUAUUAAGAAGCAACUAUUUAAAGAGAAAUGGCAAUGUGUUAGUAAAGAAGCUUCAAAUCAAUUGUUAAAACAACUCCAUCCUAGAUUGGUUGUAUCUGGACAUACGCACCAUGGUUGUACUAGGAAAUUAGUCAUAGGUGAUGGUGUUGAAAUUAGUAUUCCUAGUUUUAGCUGGAGAAAUAAGAAUAACCCUAAUUAUGGAAUGGCUAUUUUUACACCUAAUAAUUACGCAUUUUCAAAAUGCAAAAUGCCACAAGAAAGUACCGUUAUUCAUCUAUAUAUAUUGAGUGUACUCGUAAUUUUAUGUUGGAUAAUAUAUUCUUUACAAAAAAUCAAAUUUGCUAAAAAAUACAGUUAAUUUAAUUUUACUUUUUGAUGAAAUAAAAUUUUAAUAAACA